AUGAAGGCCGUCUACGCGUCGAAGUGGCUCACGCUGACGCUGUGCCAGUUCGUCAUGCUGUCGUCCGGGACGCUGUACCUGUUCCCCGUGUACUCCCCGCUGCUGAAGAAGAAUCUCGAUCUCACGCAGGAGGCCACCAACGCGGUCGGCUCCGCCGCGCACUUCGGCGCCUUCUUCUCCGUGUUCGGCGGGAUGUUCUUCGACGCGUACGGCUCGCGAGCGACGCUCGCGCUCGGUGGCGCGCUGAAGACGACCGGGUACCUCAUGAUGGCCGCGACGAUCGAGGGGUGGGCGCCGCGGUCGCGCGCGUUCGCGUCUUUCGCCGCGUGGACGUUCGGCACCGGAUGCUCCACCUCCCUGACCGCCGCGCUCGGGGCGAACUACGCGACGUUCGAGGACUCGAAAACGCACGGGCGCCUCGUCGGCCUCCUCGUCGCGUUCUUCGGUCUGAGCAGCGGCUGUUUGUCGCUCGUGUACGACGUCUUCUUCGCGUGCCCGGCGCGGUUCCUCGUGUUCGUCGCGUUUUUCAGCGGCGGCGUGGACGUCGCGGCGUCGCGGCUCGUAGGGCACCCCAAGUACCUCGCGCUGCCGUCCGCGACGUCAGGCAUAGGCGACGACGGCGCGCUCGGGGAUCGGGAUUGGGAUCGCGAUCGCGCGGGCGCGACGGCGGCGUACCCGCUCGGGCGCGGCUCCGGCGGCGGAUCGGGGUGGACGGCGCGGUUGGGAAAAUUUUUAGACGCGUUCGGCGGCGGCGGCGACGCCGACGCCAAGCUCGCCAACGGCCUGGCGCUCUGCGCCGUCACCGCAAUCUUCGUCGCGAUGUCCGCGUUCGCGCUUCAGGCCUCCGGCGAGAGCGCCGCCCUCGCGACCGCGUGCCUGUGCGUCCUCGCGGCGCUCGCGACGUGCCAGUGCGGCGUCCUGCUCGGCGGCUCCGGGAGGUUGAUCUACGCGCGACACGAGAUGGACAACGUGGACGCCACCGCGCGGGCGGCGAACGGCGCGGCGCGAGACGGCGUCGGCCCGGUCGCGCUGCUGUCGUCCAUCGACUUCUGGCUCCUGUUCUUCGCGCUCAUGCUCGGUCUCGGCUCGGGGGUGACGGUGAUUAAUAACCUGUCGCAGGUGGUCGCGUCGUUUCCGUCGCUGGCGGCGAACGCAGCGGCGACGACGCACUCGCUGCUUAAGGCGCCCCUCGCUUUCAAUCCCCGCCCUCGACGCCUUUCAACUCCAACUGACGCCUUUCAACUCCACCCCGACAUUCGCUCGUAUGGAACGACCCUGAAGCUCCUCGCGUGCGCCAACACGCUCGGACGGCUCGCGUCCGGGCAGCUCAGCGAUCGGCUCGCGAGCCGCGAGCACGGUCAAGGUCGCGUCGGUAGGGUCGCGUUCACCGCGGCGUGCAUCGCCGGGAUGGCGUUCGGGCAGUUCCUUCUGAGCGUCGUGACGGACGGCGCCGACGCGGCGGUCGGGUUGUUCGUCGGCGUGUUCGUCGUCGGGUGGUGCUUCGGCGCUCUGUUCUGGGCGAUGCCGACGCUGGUGAUGGAGCUCUUCGGCGCGAAGCACUUCGGCGCGAAUCGAGGGUUCAUGGGAUUGUCCCCCGCGAUCGGCGGGUACCUGCUGAGCACCGUGCUCGCGGGGCGCGCGUACGAGGCCAACGCGGGCGGCGGCGGCGGCGGCGGCGAGGGGUCGGACCACGCGUGCGUCUCGGGGGCGGCGUGUUACCACACCGCGUGGGUGACGAACGCGACGCUGAGCGUCGUCGCCGUCGGGUUGUGCGCGUGGUUGAACCGCAGGAGAGAGAGACGGCGCGGCGGGGGGGGCGGCGGCGGCGGCGGCGGCGGCGCGAGGGUGUCCAAGGUGUAG